AUGAGCAAAACCCUCUUCAGCGGUCUUGUGUUCUGCAUGUCAGGCACACUCUCAAAAGGAAGAAGCGAGAUUGAGAAAAUCAUUAAAAAUCAUGGCGGAAAGGUAUCAUCAUCAAUUACAAAGGCCACGACUCAUUUGAUAACGACUCAGAAUGAAUUUGAUAGUCCUACCGGUAAAGUUUCCAAAGCUUUGGAAGAUCCCGAACGUGUAUCUAUUGUAAAUGAAGACUUUUUGUGGGAUUCUAUUUCUCAAUCAACGGUCGUUCCUGUAAAGAAAUAUUUAUUUGGAAAUGAUGAUGGCGAUGAUGAAGAUGAUAAGGAUGACGAGGAAGAGGAAGAAGAUAACGCACAAGAUGAUGUCAAUUUUGAACCCAAACAAAAGAAGAGAAAGCUCACACAAACUACUGAUGUUGUCGAACCAUUGGUCAAGUUUGAAAACUUUUCUCUCUUGAAUGAUGACUUGUUGUUUGUCAUUUUCAAAUAUUUGAAUGUUGAGGAGCUCAUUAGAUUGUGUUAUGUCAAUUCCAAGUUUUACUCAUUGAUUUCUGAUGAGAGCAAUGAAGAAACUGUGACAUUCUUAAUCAACGUGAGAAAUAACUAUCUCAACUCUCGUGUUGCAUCUAUGAAACCAUCCAAAUUCUUUCAAACAAUCCACAAUUGUGAGUAUGAUGAAGAUGAUGAAGAUGAGCGUCGACGCAGAUAUAUGACUCCUGAAGAGGUUGAAGAAGAAUCCAAAAAAGAAAAACCAGUUGUUCAAAGCUUGGUAAAGUCACAAAAUAGAAUGACACUUUCUUUAGAAAAGUGGAAGACAUGGAAGAACAAGCAUGUAAAAGCCAUAAAGGCCUAUCAGACCUCCCACAAGAAUGCAAAAAGAAGUGACUACAAGUAUAGUUUAUUGGAGUCCAUCAAGUUCAGAAGAUUUAUGGACAGAUUCUUUGAUUGUGAUUUCAUUUAUGCAAGAGUGUCAGAGUGUGACGAUGAUGUUGACACCGACGAACCAGUUGAUGGCCAAGAAGAAGAAAGAACCAACACUUUCAAAGGAGGCCUUAAAAGUCAACUCAGAAAAAUCCUUAACCACAUUGAAAAAUUUGAAGAAAUUAGCUUUGGUCGUCACGAGGAAGAAAUGUACGAGAAUUAUCCAAAAAUUUAUUAUGAAUGGAUCAAGACCAACGCUGCCAAGUUACAAAACAUUAAGAGCAUUUACAUGAUGGAGGUUCCCCAGAGUGACUGUGAAGUCUCAUGGCUGCAUCAUAAUGACAUCACCGAGAUUUUGAACAGCUUACCCAAGUUGAGCAUUUGGCAAUCAAAAGGUUCUAUUGAUUUGCAACUUCAACCAAACAUCUCACAUGUUUCUUUAAGAUCCAUCAUUUUGGUUUCCACUGGAUUGUCUGCACCACUGUUGACCAAUUUAUUCACGGCGUAUUUGCCAAAUCUUCAUCACUUGGAACUGUUUUUGGGAACGAGUGACCAAGGUGGUGAUUUCCCGCCUGAAUUACUCGAAACAACCUUGUUGAAGAAAGAGGAGACUGGAAUUUUCCCAUCAUUAACCUAUCUUGGACUACGAAAUUAUGAACAUAUCAACAAGAUCAGUAAGGCAAUUUUUGAAAGUGCUGUUGCCAAGCGUGUAAGCACAAUUGACAUUUCAUUGGGCAAUCUAUACGACAAAGGUGUCAAGUCAUUUAUUGAAAUCUUGGAAAAUGGUAUCAACACAGACUUUAUGUGUCUUGAAGUGCUUGACGUACAUCGCAAUUAUAUUUCCAAGGAAAUGAGAGCUCGUUUGCUCGAGUUGCCUGUUGUUGUGAACUGUGUGCCAUCGAGCGACAACUAUGCCGAUGACGACAACCAGGAAGAGGAAAACGAAGAUGGGGAUGAUUAUGGUGAUAGAUAUAUCGCUCUGAGUGAAUAA